UUUAACUUUUUUUCGCUUGCAAAAUAAGAAGUUUAUUGUUGUUUCAUUUCAUUAUUUUUCUUUGAGAAAAACAUAUUUUAAAUUUGUUUAUAUACGCAUAGAUUGGAUCUAAAAUAUGGAUUUAAAGCCAUCAAUCGCAUUAGAAGAUGGUUUAGACUUGAAGCAAAUACUUACCACUGGUUCCACUCUCAAAAUUAACGCUGAUUAUGACGAGUCAGAAAUUCAACUAGAACCGGAUAGAUGUGGAGCUAAAACAGUUGAUUUUAUCGGGUGCCCUGUGAAAUCUUUCGCCGAGUUGGAAAAGCAGUUGACCCCAGUGGAUGCAGCUGGAUUCGUCAAAAAGAAAAUACUAGAAGAAGGUGGCGGUUUUCCACUCCACAGAGGCUGCACAGUGCAUGUUGCGUUUUCUGGGUACUGGGAGAAUGAUCCAGAACCGUUUGAUGUGACGAAAUCUGAUAAACCCUUGAUAGUGGAUAUGAAUGACAGUGGGCUGUUACCUGGUCUACAGAUGGCAAUAGAAUCAAUGCUAGUGGGGGAAAUGUCAGUGUUUCUCCUCACAUAUUUGGUUAUGUAUGGAGAGUUAGGGAUUCCUCCACGAAUCAAACCUAAAGCAAACUGUGUAUUCUACGUCAAAUUGAUCAAAAGCACAGUGACACCGAAAGAGAAGCUUGACUUACGGGAACCAAAUGUCUUUGAUAGGGUGUACCAUGAGGUUAAAAUGCUGUAUGCAUCAGGAGCUGUAUUAUAUAAAUCAAAGAAUUUUCCAGCAGCUAUACAACUGUUCCGAAAGGCUAUAUUUAUGCUGCACAAAUGUCGUCUAGCUGAUGAAAAUGAAGAGCAAAAGCAGGAAAAGAUGCUUCUAAAAUUAUACACUAAUUUGGCUGUUUGCUACAACAUAAUAAAACAGCCACAAAAAGCUUGUAUAGCUUGCAAUGAACUAAAUAGGUUAAACAAUCUGUGGAAUAAUGGAAAAGUGUUAUUCCAAAAUGCCAAAGCUUUAAGAAUGAUUGGGGAAUUUGAUGGCGCAGAAAAGAGGUUACGAAGGGCAAUGAAACUGUGUCCAGAUAGGAGAGAAUUAGAAGAAGAAUUACAACUUAUACAAAAGACCCGAGAAUCUUGUAAUCAAUCUAAAUUAAUCAUGAAAAAUAUAAGUAAUCAAAAGGAAGAAGCAAGUCAUGAGUUUAAAAGGGAAGUUGACAAUCUCAUUAAGAAUUUCAAAGAAAACUCUGAAUUAUUUAAAUUAACUAUUCCAGGCAGUCUUAAUGAUGCUGAAAAAGAUUAUAUAAGAGAAGCUUGUGUGAGAGAACAUUUACUUUUUAAUAAAGUUAAUAAGGAUUAUGCUUUAGAUAAAGAAGAGAGGACCAGCGAAGCUAGUGAGGACACAACACAAGAUUCUAAUGAAGACAAAUUGUAUGAUGAAUUAGGUAGAGACGUUGAGAAAUUAGAACUCAAGAGUUGAGACUUGUAAGACUAAUUAUAAAUAUAAUCAAUUUGUUAUAA